GGGUAAGCUCUGAGAGCCCGCCUUAGCGUCGUCGUCGUUCUGAAUAAUCUGAGACGUCUAACCAAAUCAUUUACUCGCAGCCACGUCGAGGAAGAAGACCAGGGAGCCCAAGGAGGAGAAUGUUACUCUUGGACCUGUUCUCCGUGACGGAGAACAUGCUUUCGCAUGUGACUGACUUGUCCGGUAGGGAGACUCUUGUGCGCAUCACCGGUGGUAUGAAGGUGAAAGCUGAUAGGGAUGAAUCAUCGCCUUAUGCAGCUAUGCUUGCCGCUCAGGAUGUUUCUCAACGCUGCAAGGAGCUUGGCAUUACUGCUCUACAUAUAAAGCUCCGGGCUACUGGAGGGAACAAGACCAAGACUCCUGGUCCAGGCGCCCAAUCAGCACUCAGAGCCCUUGCUCGUUCUGGCAUGAGAAUUGGUCGCAUUGAAGAUGUGACUCCAAUUCCCACCGACAGCACUCGUAGAAAGGGUGGUAGAAGGGGAAGAAGGUUGUGAUUUCUUACUCGCCUUCAAUUGUGUGGUUUUCUGCUGCUGCUGCCGUAGUUUGGGAGAUAUUAUGAUUUUGAUCAAAAUUUUAUCAUCAGCCAUUCCAUCAACUCGGAUGUAGUUUUGAACCUAGUAAGAUUAUUUGCCGGAAAAAGUAGAAUUUAGUUUGGUUGACGAUUAUCAUUCGAGCUUUACACAGAACAAAUUAUGGUAUUCUUGUUAUCUAUAUAUGGUUUAAAAUCUAGUACUUUGGUUCUGUGUUUUGUUUCUGGUAGACCUGAAAAGUUUCGGUCACCAUUUAUCAUGACGUGCAGCAACUUAGUAGACG